AUGUCUCCCCUCCUCUUCUUAUUCAUCCAUGUAACGCCGUCCUCUAGCAAGAGAUGGUGCAAGUCAUCUAUACCUCGCUACGUUAGCAUCAAGAUCGCGGCCCUUGAUUCAGAUGCAUCUAGAGAAGCAGCUCAUUCAAAGCAUAUUGCCGAGGCCGAUCCAUCACAUGAGGGUCUAUCCUUUAUCCGCCUACCUCUCGAGGCCUUCCAGCUACACGCACCGCAAGGAAGUUAUUUCUGCCUCGUUUUUGAGCCAAUGCGAGAGACCCUAUUUGACCUUCAACGCCGACUCCCCGGGAACAGGAUACCAUUGCAGCUAUUCAAGCUCUACGUCUUUUGUCUCCUUGAAGCUUUAGAUUACUUGCACUCUGCGUGCCAUCUUAUCCAUACUGAUAUCGAGGACGAUAAUAUCAUGAUCACAUUUGAGCACGAUGCGGUAUUAAAAAACUUUGCCACGCGCCAAAAAGACAGCCUUCAGCCUAGACGCACUCGUCCUGGGGAUGGCCGUGCCAUCUACCUCUCUCAAAGCGAUUUUGGCACUUUACAAGGCCGCAGACUGCUUCCUAGGCUGGCUGACUUCAACCUCUGCUUCCAUGGAGUAGAAAACCAGGGACAUCUCUCUGCGAUACAAGCUCACCGCUACCGCGCGCCAGAAGUGCUACUUGGGUAUGUGGAACCUCCUGGAAGAUAUGAGCCUGUCGAGCGACCUGCCGGGGAUGACGGGGAAUAUGACGCACACGUUCACCUGGCCCAGAUGGUUUCUCUGCUUGGCGACCCGCCCAAGCUUGUGAUCGAGAGAGAACGACUCUUGCGGCAAAACAGGCUCAAGAAGUCGAUUCUCGACGCACGAGGCAAGGAAUGUAUGAACAUGAAUGAGUUUUGGGGCGGUCCGUUCUUCGACGACGACGAUUCUAUCAUGCGCAAGGAUCUCAUCCGUAGAGAAAUAACGCUAGCAGAUACAGUGAAGCAUCUACAAGACGAUGAUAAAGAGCAGUUUCUCGAUUUCGCGUCGGGCAUGCUCGAAUGGUUGCCGGAGAAGCGAAGGACGGCUAAGCAACUGAUGCAGCAUCAAUUCCUCGAAUCUUUAAGGAAGGACCGAGAGCGGUAUUUAUGA